CAAGCAUUCAACAGUCAUCUGAUCGAACAAUAGGCAUUGAACAGAUUGAUCCUAUUCAUGGCUCGAUGAUUCAUUGCGGGUAAGUCGCUCUUGCCUAAAACUACCGCAUCGCGAGCGUGCGAACACUCAAUGUCAAUCUGCCGAUAUCUCGUACCUACCCAUCUAUCUGAUCCUCAAACCACAAGACCAGCAUCCACUUCAAACUCCCACCACUCUUCUUCUCCUCUGUCAUCUUUCCCAAGCAUUCACCACAAUGCCACCAUCCACUCCAAACCUGACCGGCACCGAGAACCCCGCCUCGGUCCCCUACGGAGCUUGGGACUCGUUCCCCUCAGCUCCCUUCCCCAUGUACUCGGGCUCCAAAUCAGUCUACUAUCGCUCCAAGGACAACAAGGUGGUCAUUGGCGCGAUCCGCGAAACAGGCUCAGACACCCUCACCUGGCCCGAGGACGAGUUCUUGUUUGUCACCGAGGGCUGGAUCAAGUGGAAGGUGCAUGGUGGCGACGAGUUUACGUUGCGCAAAGGCGAUGUUAUGGUCAUUAAGAAGGGACAGACGUUUGAUUUUGAGAUGAGCAGCGAUUUUGCGAAUAUUGCGGUUUUCAUUUCGGAUAAGGAGGUUACGAUUGCGUAAUGGGGAAUUGUCAACUGGCGAGUGUGAGAUUCUUUGAUUUCAUACACUGGUCUGAGCGUGUGAUACCAUGUUAGUGACAUAGUUGCUUAGUUACGAGAAAUACAGAGUGUGUAGAGAGA